GCAAUGUUGUGCGAGCCGCACACUGUCGGCGGAGCAGGGCGCACAGCUGCGGUAGGAGGCGCUCGCUCGUCAUCUGCCAUCGACGCAAGAUACGUUAAAGGCACGGCAUAUGCAGAGGUCGAAGCAGAGAAGACCCGAGAAGGGUCUCAGGUAUGCCAUCAGCUAUUAUACCCUUCCGCUCCGUUCACGCACGGUAGCUCACUCGCACUAGGCCCGGGGACCUCACUGUACAUUCCCACUGCCGGAAUACCAUCUCGGAGACCACACACUCCUUCUCCCCUUGUCUCCAUGUCAUCUACGCUUCUACCCUCUGUCCAAGGCAAGUCAUGGUGGUUGCGAUCGUCCAAACCUUCCAAGGACGCGUCCAAUCCGCGAUCCUCUCGUCCCUCGUCCAGCCAGUCCAACGUUAGCGAGAAAGCUGAUCCGACCAUGCCCUCCGGGACAGGGAAGGUGAAGGACUUGGGCUCUGGUCUCAAUUUCAAGACCAUAGGCACUGCGAUGGGCUUAAAGUCCAGGAAGCUCCCUUCACUCGCUAUCCAAGAUCCCCCCGCAGUUCCUGCAGGCGUUUCUUCUCCUCUGGUCGCGCAUCCCAUCAGCGGUUCUAGAGAAGCUAUAUCCACUCUUUCCACACCCUAUACCAACAACGCUAUCGCUAAACCCUUCUCUACUGCACAUUGCCCCGAGUGCGACGGCGAUGGGAGAUCAGCAAAGACCGCGUCGGAACCUCGUACCCCGUCGGAUUCUACGAGGGAUAGAACGUCUUAUCAGCCGUCUGUUCUGACAUUUUCAGAGCCGGACCCGUUUGCUGCGGGUGGUGUCAUAAUCCAGCAAACUCCAAAUGACCCAAACAGGCUCUCUGUGUAUUCCGAUUCGUCACUGCUGGAUCCUCACCGUAAGAGUGGUGAUGUCUCGUUUUACAAUCACCUAUCAUAUGGAUCAUCUCCCUCUAUUGCCCCCAGCCUUUCCUCCGACAGUCAUUCUGGGAGAGUGGCUUCUGCAGCCCCGACACAAUCCAGAAGCAGAACCAAUUCCACUAUGCGAUGGGAUGCAAGCCUUCCUCUACCGGUGUCUCAUGUUGCUCAACUGCGGCAGAAAUCGCCGUCGGUAUCAAGCUCUUCAUGCUCCACUGUAACCCCUGGAGAUGCAGCAAAUCGGCUAAGUGAACCGCCUGCGGCUCAGCUACUGCAUCAACGCGUGCUUAAUGCCGCGUCGAGGCCGAGGGGUCAGACUAUCGCUGUUGAGAGAGCUAGUCACCAGCGGCGUCCAAAUACGGCUAAUGCGGUUAUGAGUCUCUCAGCGGCGACAACGUGUCCUCCUCUCCAACUUCGCCGGAAAGCAUCCGACCUCUCCUUCGGCCUACACUCAUCAUCCUCCUCUACUGCGUCUUCACCUUCCCCGCUGUCGUUCAUGCGGUCACGUUCAUCGACGAUGAACAGUGCCCAGACGCAUAUAUCACAGUCCUCGACACGUCCAAUGGUGGUUAUUCGCAAACCGUCCUCGACGAGGAUGGUUAUUCCGCCUCUCAAUCGCGCGCCACCCUCAGCAGAAUUACCGCCGCCGCCGUUGUCACCGACGUUGUCACAAGGCACUGCCGACUCCUUUGACGACCUUUCUGCAUUUCCUGAUCCACCUUCAUCCAGCUCGUCCAGUAUGAGCUUUGCACCGAGUAUGGACCGUGAAACACCUAAUAUGAGUGGGGACGUAAUCAAUCACUUCAUGCGGCAGGCUUUCGGAUAUUCUGGGAAACGACAUAGUGGGAAAAGUAAAGCAAAGGAUCGUAGCACCGGCCAGAACCAUGCACAAGCCAACUCCCCCGCCUCUCUACGUGACAUCGAGCUGCGUACAGCAUCAAUAUCCUCUGCCAGCAAGUCACCACCAUUUCCUCCUGUUAGCGAAGAUGGAUCGAUCAGGAAUGGCGGGGGAUUACCACGCAUCUCGCAGAGGUCUCUUAAGAAGACGACCUCGCAGCAGAGCUUGGCAAAUAACCGGUACUCCGCAACGAGCUUGGCAUCCUCGCUAGCGUCAUCACACAUGGGACAUGAUGAUGCAGUGAACGGAAAGCACUCGAAUGUCGAGUCUUCGGGUAGCAAAAUACCGCGAAAACAGCGUUCAUUCCAUCAUCCACGCCUUCCGCUCCCGCCGCUUCCUAACUUGCGCUACGCAAAUUCUUCUACCUCUACAACAUCCGAGUUUCCUCUGCCAUCCUCCCCAGUGUCAUCUGAGCAGCAGCGAAGAGGCAGCAUGGCCAGCACUGGGGCCACGUCCACACGAAAGCGGUUGUUCUCUACUUCCAGCGUCAGGAAGAGCACGUCUUCACAGCCGCCCGCGAGCCCCUCGCUGUCCGGCGAGGACGAUAAGCGGUCGAUAUACAGCGUGGAGGAGCUGCGUGCGGCUGGUCAGGUCGCCAUGUCAUUUGGGAAUUUCGGAAACUCUCUCUCGCUGUCGACAAAAAACUCAUGUGUGGCUCCUUUGUCCUAUUGGGAGGAACCACAUGUGCAAGGAGGCUCAAGUACCGCAUUGAACUCGUCGACAAGCGACCUGGGCGGGAAGAGAUUGUCGCAGGCAGAAUAUGUUCCACAACAUAUUAUGUCGCCCGCGGAUAUGCUCGAGCUUGAGAAGCAGCUCGCGGUCGAAGCAGCAGCACAGGAGUAUGAUCGCAAUCGAGCGCCGAAACUUGAGCUCGACACCAAGGACCUUAGCAAUGCCAUGAUUCAGGGGAGGCAGAAGGCGGGCGGUCAGGGUUCUAAGGCGAAACCACAGCACAAAGCGUCAGCCAUGUCGACAGCUACAGUGGCAUUUGGCUCGGGCGACAGCUGGUCCAGAAGCUCGCCGCUCUCGCCACCAUCCAUUUCGAGCAGCAAAUCGGCCUAUAACUCUUCUAAGCCGAAGACAAGUCAGCUUGAGCCUACGCAGCCGCCUCAUCGUAGCAUGUCGAUGUUGCAGAAAGGUUUUUCCCGAUCGACUACGUCUGCACGCCCGUCGACUGCUCAGCCAAAUGUGUCAUCGUCCAGCUCUUCCGUUCCGGCCUUGACGCACUCACCGGAACAAGCCAACGUCAGCCUUCCUCCCCCUCCUCGAGCGCGCACGAAACCCGCCCCGUCGCGUACACAACCCACCGUGGCCGACAAGCGGUCGAGUACGGUGCCAAUCCAACCCCUUUCUCCCCCUCCUGUGCGCAAAACAUCCCGCGCGCAGUCCUCUCCUAUGGCGCCUGCGCGCUCAAGUCCGUCGUUCUCGCAGCGUCCUCCCAGUGCGUUCGAUCAGCAUGUCUUGCAGGGAAGGUCCAUUAUGAGGAAGCCGUCCUUUUUGGACAUCGAGGAUGAGGCCGAGGUUGCGUCGGAUAGUUCAGUGGAAAAGGAGGUUGAGACGUUCAUCACGGAUGACAACUUCCUUGAUAUGGAGAGGGGCAAGGAUUCAUUUGACACGAUUCGGAGCUCCGACAGUAUGCUUUAUGUUUAG